UACAUUGGAUCAAAACUUCAGGGUAUCGAAAAGUCGAGCAAAAAUAGCAAAAUAACUGCCAAAUAUACGUUAUAUGGUUACAAUGCAACGAAAGAAGAUCAUGUUUAAGGUCUGAGGACAUGGUGUCUUUUAAUGCCUCGCAAAAGCUCCAAGACUGCGAAGCCUCCGUUGCUGUUCGCCGAGCGGCCUGUGUGCGGCACCAGACUCCAAUCCGGUCCUGAGGUCCGGGCUGCGCUGCACCCCAAACAAUUCUUCACUGAAACGCAAACACGCAGCAACCUCGCCUCCUGGGUGAACCCACAGUUUGACACGCUUGUGGAGGCCGCAGCCCCGCCGGCGAGACGCGGCAGGGCGCAGGAAGCGCGACUCGGUACCGGCAUCCGGGACACUUGCGCCCAGUUGUUCAGGAAGCCCGCCGGCAAGUUCCCCUCGCUGUUGUUCCAGUCGAACGGGCACCCUCGACAUCGGCACGUGGCGACAGCGAGCGGGAGCCGCGUGACGGACUCUGCGGGACGGCCGUUCAAAAGCGUCGCGUGCCAGGACGCGCCCAAAAGACGAGUCCUGAAAAAGCAGAAUGACGCUGCCUCCUCCAACCUCUGGGCAACACCUAAUGUGGACGCUCCAAAAGAAACACUCAAAGGCGGUGGCAUCUCCUCGCCAUGCGCACGCCGGCUCCUCGCUCUGCCGCGCACUCCGCCGAGCCGGCAGCCACCCGACGUGCUGGUGCCCGACACGCCCGAGCGCGACUACGGCCUGAAGGUGACCUGGAGGCGGCGGCCGCAGUCGAUGGCCACGUUGGAAGCGAGAGGACGGCUGGCGGAAUGCGACAAGCUCGUCGCCGGUUUACACUGAGACAUGAUUACUGUUUUUGUUGCGUAUAAAUCAGUCAUGCAGCCAUCUUCUUUCGCACUUCUCUCCGUUGGGGUCACAAGUGAGCCGGCGCAUUCACGCUCAUGUUCUCAACUACGGGCAAAUUGGAGCCUUAAAUGGCGCACGCAGGUUUUUGGAAUGCGGGAGGAAGCUGCAAAAGCAUGCAAACUCCACACAUGAGAUUUAAACCCGGGUUGAUGCACUAAAGCUGAGGCAAUUUGGAGUUUUCCAAUAUUUCUAAGGGUUUAUUUAUUUUUGGGGACAUUACAGUGCACCUCUCUCGACCUCGUUUAAGCCAGCAUCCAGGGAUGAUGUUCGUGUCUUCCGCUUUUUGCACCAUAAAACUGUGAGGCAGCACCGGAGGCGUGCACUACAUCUAUAAAACAAGUUUAAAGGGGUUGUUUGACUUCAUUAUGUCUUGUAUAUCAUUCAUUUUGUAGACCAAGUGAUUGCGUGACUUAAUUAUGUCUACUGUGUUACAAAUGUUGUUUUGGUGUAGUUUCCCUCCGAUCAA